ACACAGCCAAAAAUGGCAGCUCGCGAUAUGAAAGCUAAAUCUAGAUAUGUGGGACCUUCCUGAGCCACUGGAUACAGCGAAUGUGCGUAUAUCAUAAGGCUGCUCCGUGCUCCUUAGGCCGGCGCUCCACUUCUCCGCUUCUCUGCACCGUACACACCAUACACCGACCAAGAUGGCAGAUCAGACGUUAGCAUCGUCCCCUUCGAGCAGCCUUGUUGUCAGAGAUUCACAUAAUCUGGACAGAAGGAUCGUGUUCGAUAUCAGGGACGGGCGGGUUAUCGCCCCUAACCUAGUCAGAGGCGGAGUGGUUGGCGAGAGCGGCACUCUCGUAGAAGUCAUACACGAGGUUGAACUCUCGCAGGAGGUGGUGGAGCAGGCGGUGGGGCGGGACGAUGCAGAGGCGGCGAAGCAUUUUGUUCAGCGCGUGGAGCGCCAAUUAAAUGUCAUUUGCUCUUUGGAUCAUAUAAACAUUGCUCGAUUCCAGGGAUGGACGAUGAUGCUUGAGGAUGAAACUUGGCUUCGCGCGAGGGUCACGUAUGCUAGUUGUGAGGGAGGGAAAGUUAUGGAUUAUCUCAGUGCCAAUGUGAAUGCGGAUCGCCAAAAACUGAUUCUUGGAGUAUCUCGAGGGCUUUCAUAUCUUCAUUCUAAGGAUAUCGUCCACGGAAAUCUCAAUCCGGGUAACGUACGUAUCGACUGCGGCGCCAAUGACACGCAUCCCAUUCCUCGGAUCAGUGGCUUUGGAUCCUCGUACGCCAUGACAGAUGUCACCCCUGUCCGCCUCAUAGUGGAGGGUGCGUGCUCCGUACCUUUAAGGUAUGUCGCCCCAGAAGUCCUGGCCGGACGUGGAGUCCCAUGCGACCAAAAGGGUGACAUUUGGUCCCUUGGAUGCACAUCCUCACAGGUAUUCCACGCCUCUUGUGUACCAAUUGGGAUCUCACCGUUUUCAGAUGCUCCUCGGCAGACGUCCCUACGAGAGUAUCCGCAACGACUUCCACAUUCCAUUCGCAGCCGCGAGACAUGUAGCUCCCUAUACGUGGGACUCUUCGGAUCCUUACCAUCAAGCACUUCAGCGCUGCCUCAUACAUGAUCCUUCACAGCGUGCCGCCGCCAGUGACGUUGUCGAAAGAUUAGAAUUGGUCAUUGCCCUUUCAGAAAUCCGGCGCCAGCUUCUCGAAGUGGAAGAACGCAAU